UUAAUAGUGCAUUUAUGGGCUUUCUUAACUUAUUGAUGAAGGUGUUAAAGGCCCAUUUAAUAUAAUGGGCCAAAUUGGGUUGAAGUUAGUCCAAAUAUUGGUGGCCCAAUUGUUUGAAAUUCCCAUCACCCUCCUCCUCCACACAAAGAAUAACAGAUAACCCCCAAAAGCAUUCCAAUCUUUCAGAUUAUAUUAAAUAAAAAACAAGACAUAGAUAAGUUCCAAUUGCAUUGAUAUACUCUUCUCAGUAAGGAAACUAUGAUUUCUCUACAACCUUAUAAAUUUUGUCUUCAAACACCAAUUUUGUUCAAUCCUUCAAAUGUUGGUAUAAAUCAACAUAGACAAACACAAACAAGUGUGCUAGCACAGAGGAAGCUUAAAGUACAUAGAAGAGAAGUCAAAUGCAGUGCAGGUGAAAAGAAGAGUGAAAGGAGAACGUUUUUAACACUUGAAGAAGCUGGUUUGGUUGAGAUGUCUGGGUUGAGCACUCAUGAGCGUUUUCUAUGCCGUUUAACUAUAUCUUCACUGAAUUUACUAAAAGUGAUAUCAGAACAAGAAGGUUGUCCAAUAGAAGAGCUCAAUGCUGGAAAGGUAUGUGAUUGGUUCCUGAAAGACAGGCUCAAAAGGGAACAGAACAUUGAUUCUGCUGUUCUUCAAUGGGAUGAUUCCGAUUUCCAAUUUUAAUUCUUGUGUGGCUCUUUUCUUGCAAUUUGUGCAAAAUGUGACUAAAAAAAUGCUACUCCUACUCCUUUGUUUACAAUAACAAGAGAAUAAGCUUCCAUCAA